AUCACGGAAGCAGCCCCGCCCACCGCGCGCGUCCGGAAGUCAGCGCAGCCCCGCCCCCAGCCCCGGAACUCAGCAGCUCGCGCCGCGGCCCUGGGUCCCGCUCUGCGCCCGCGUCUACCAGCCCGCGUUUUCGCCCGGCUCUCCUGUUGAGAGUGGUGCUCGCACGGUCUCGGGAUGUACAUGCAGGUGGAGACGCGCACCAGCUCCUGCCUCCAUCUGAAGAGGGCUCCGGGCAUCAGGUCCUGGUCCCUGCUGGUCGGAAUUUUGUCGAUUGGCCUGGCUGCUGCCUACUACAGCGGAGACAGCCUGGGCUGGAAGCUCUUCUACGUCACGGGCUGCCUGUUCGUGGCCGUGCAGAACCUGGAGGACUGGGAGGAAGCCGUCUUCGACAAGAGCACCGGGAAGGUCGUGCUGAAGACAUUCAGCUUGUACAAGAAGCUGCUGACUCUCUUCAGAGCAGGCCACGACCAAGUGGUGGUCCUGCUGAGUGACAUCCAGGACGUGAAUGUGGAGGAGGAGAAGGUGCGGUACUUCGGGAGGGGCUACGUGGUGGUGCUGCGCUCGGCGACGGGUUUCUCGCACCCCCUCACCCAGAGCGCCGUCAUGGGCCACCGCAGCGACGUGGAGGCCGUGGCCAGGCUCAUCGCUGCCUUCCUGGAGCUGCGGCGCCUCGAGAGCCCCGGGGAGCUGUCUCAGAGCAGCGACAGCGAGGCCGAUGGCCCUGGGGGUCAGAGCUGACCCCACCGAGCCCUAGGAUUCGGUCCUCAGGGUGCCUCAGCGGGCCGGACAGGCCGCCGGCCAGCUGUCCUCCUCACCACCCGGCUGUGUCCCUGGCAGCCCCAGGGCGGGACUCCCGGCCACCCCUGCUGCGGUCUGAGCAGAGCCACGGCUGGACCGUCUCUGCAGCCCCAAAGUGCCCGGGGGGCACGGGCGCAGUGGGCAGUGUGGGGUGUGAGCUGACAGACCCACCCCAGCCUCAGAAAGGGGAAGGCGCCCAGGCUCCCCAUGGCCAGGCCUGGCCAGACCGAGGACACGGAGGCUGGCGUGUGGUCCCCAGGAAUCCCAGUGCUGUCUUCCUUCCGGGCCCCGCCCUGCAUCCCUCUCCUGGGCAGACGGCCUCAGGGGUCCGACGCGAGGAGCCUGCCCUUGGGCUGCGGCGGGCGCACCGGGCCUCCCCGGCGCACAGACCGCGCCAGCGAGAUGGCCUGUCUCGGCCCUGGCCAGGCCGCGCUGGGUGCUCAUGCGAAGGACCCCGUCAGCCUGGGCCAGGCUGCUCGACAAGGGGAAAGGGCAUCUCUUCAGCUUUGCACAGCGUCCAGAGCCCGGGCCUCCCCCUUGGAAGUCACUCCCCAGCUGCUCUCGAGCCCUGGAGACCUGGCCACAGGACUGUUGGAGCACGAGAGGAAGUGGGCUGCACCACUGAACGGGACCCUGCGGACACUUCGGAGCAGGACCGCCCGGGCCGGGCUGAGGCUGCCCCGGCGACAGGACAGCAGUUUCUGGCGACCCUCCCCCUCCCUGGCGGGGCUGCCGGCCCGCCCUGUGGGGGGAUGUGGUCGUUGAAGCCUGCGAAAGUUAGGGUUUCAA